AGCGCUGGAGGAGCAAGUGUCUUGACAAACGCAGGCCAAGCAGCAGACUGUCGACAACGGCUGCAGGGUCAGCUUUUCUUGGAAUUAGUUCUGCAAACCUGCGUGCCAGAUUGAAAAUCCAAAAUGGAUGUCAGUUUCUUCUACGGUACUGUGGCUUGUAUGGUUCUGGCCUUGGUCUCGUGUGUUUGCGGUGAAGUUGACUACAUGAUGGGGCCAAUGAACGCGUCAUGGACGGAGGCGAAAGACUACUGCACGGCGAGGGGAGGCCUCAUGUACAUGCAGACAGAGGUCGGACAGUGGGACGACCUCAACAGAAGCCUAGAAAAACAGAAUCUGGCACUUAAAAAUGACAGUUAUUUUUGGAUUGGGUUGAGCCGCGCCUCCGACAACGCCGAGUUUCAGUGGGCGGAUAACUCUGUGUUCGAAUCUGACAACUGGAUGCCGAACGAGCCCAACAAUGCCACUGGAUACAACUGUGUGAAGGCCAGCUCACUGAACGCCAACUGGAUGACGACCAUGUGUGCCGCACUUCAUGGGGUGGUGUGUCGGGCCAACCCCCAGACCCCUGCGCGACUAGCAACUCCCAAACCGCGACCACAAGCCAAGCGCGACAACAACGCCGUGAUGUGGGAGGGCCUCCUGAAGGGGUUCGCGUGUGCGGGUGGCCUCAUCCUGGUUGUGGCCAUAUUGAUGCACCUGCCUUGCUGCAAAAGCUGGGUGAACAAAAAGGAAACGGAAGUCUUCAAGUGGCAGGGCGAAAUGAAGGGCCGGAACAGGCCGAACAUGGAACCAGUGACAGUGAUUGGUCAACAAUACUAAAUAACAUUCGUAACCACUCGUGCCAUUCCGAGAUCUGCUGAAUGUUUCUAUCACGGAAAGGCACGAAAGUAGAGUCUAUUUUUUCACGGCAGAUCGUGACAUUAGUGAUCGUAUCCUGAAUAAGUAUCGAUUUAGAGGAAAAAACUUUAAUUGUGGAGAAUGUAUAAUUAGACAUUCGCUGACACGUGUUAAUUUCGUGUGUUCAACCCUGUAAUGUUCGUGCAGAAGCCACGAAUUGAAAGGAAGGAAAUUCACGAGUCAUUCGUGACCAACUCGUGUUAUUCCGGGACAAACCGAAUAGCGACUCGUGCGACUCUCAUGGCUUUUUCACGACCGAGUUCAGUCUUAGCGCAAACGGGCAUACCUAAAACAAUUUCAACUCGUUGCGUAAUGGUUCACAUAUAUUUUCCCCGAUGCAAUUUAAAGCACAUCGGGACGUGCGGAAUUAUACAGUAUGAUUUGGCA